GUCCUCGUGUGACCCGAGCCGACAGGAAACGCUGUAACACUGCACACAUCUGAUGACCAAGUCUCUGUCCGGAGCCUGUGUCUCACCGCCCUGACAGAAAAGGACAAUACUUGGCUAAAUAUAUAUUUGGUGUCUCAGACCUCGGCAGUCCUGUCAUCCUCCUGCCCAGCGCCUGCGCUAGUCCGCGGCAGCUGACGUCACACCCAGCAUGGCGGUCAAGGUGCAAGCAACAAAAAGAGCCGACCCCCAUGACUUGAAGACUAUUUUUCUGAAGUAUGCCAGUGUGGUGGAGGAUGGAGAGCAUUACAUGACCCCCAGCGACUUUGUACAGAGUUACCUGGGUCUGCAUGCACAGCCUCAGCAUAAUCCCAAAACUGUGGAGCUGAUAGCUGGAGUGGCUGACACGACUAAAGAUGGACUGAUCUCUUUCCAGGAGUUUCAGGCCUUUGAGUCAGUCCUAUGUGCCCCAGACGCCCUGUUCAUAGUAGCCUUUCAGUUGUUUGACAAGACUGGCACAGGGAACAUCUCAUUUGAGAAUGUACGUGACAUCUUCAGCCAGACCACAGUUCAUCACCACAUUCCCUUCAACUGGGACUGUGAGUUCAUCAGGCUACACUUUGGCCAUGAAAGAAACAAGAACCUCAGCUACACAGAGUUCACCCAGUUUCUGCAGGAGCUGCAGUUGGAGCAUGCCCGCCAGGCAUUUGCACAAAAAGACAAGAAGAAAAUUGGCACCAUCACUGCCUUGGACUUCAGCGACAUCAUGGCCACCAUUCGACAUCACAUGCUGACUCCAUUUGUAGAGGAGAACCUGGUUUCAGCUGCAGGAGGCAGCACCUCCCACAUGGUGAGCUUCUCCUACUUCAAUGCCUUCAACUCCCUCCUCAACAACAUGGAGCUGGUCCGCAAGAUUUACAGCACCCUCGCCGGCACUCACAAAGACACACUUGUGACCAAAGAGGAGUUUGUUCAUGUUGCAAAUAAGUUUGGUCAAAUCACUCCGAUGGAGAUUGACAUCCUGUACCAGCUCGUUGGUCUCCACUCUCACUCCGGGCGGCUGAACCAUGCAGACAUCGAGAGGAUAGCCCCGUUGGAGGAAGGAGCCAUGCCAUACCACCUACCAGAAGUCCAGAGACAGCAUGCUCACGAAACGUCUCGGCCCAUCUGGCUCCAGGCUGCAGAGUCUGGCUACAGGUUUUCUCUGGGCUCAAUCGCUGGAGCGACCGGCGCCACGGCUGUGUACCCCAUCGACCUGGUGAAGACGCGCAUGCAGAACCAACGCUCCACAGGCUCCUUUGUAGGAGAACUGAUGUACAAGAACAGCUUCGACUGUGCGAAGAAAGUGCUCCGUUAUGAGGGCUUCUUCGGAUUCUACAGAGGUCUGCUCCCGCAGCUCAUCGGCGUUGCCCCGGAGAAAGCUAUCAAACUCACGAUGAAUGAUUUUAUCAGAGACAAGUUCACCACACAAGAUAAUACCAUCCCUCUGCCUGCAGAGAUUCUCGCUGGUGGAUGUGCUGGAGCUUCCCAGGUGAUUUUCACCAAUCCUCUGGAGAUUGUUAAGAUCCGUCUGCAGGUGGCUGGAGAGAUCACCACAGGCCCCAGGGUCAAAGCCCUGAGUGUUGUGAGAGACCUGGGUUUCUUUGGCCUCUACAAGGGAGCCAAAGCAUGCUUCCUGCGUGACAUCCCUUUCUCCGCCAUCUACUUUCCUGUUUAUGCCCACACCAAGGAGAAAUUGGCAGACGAGGACGGAAGGCUUGGGGCACUACAGCUGCUCACUGCUGGAGCUAUUGCAGGUGUACCAGCGGCUUCGCUGGUGACCCCUGCUGAUGUCAUCAAGACCAGGCUCCAGGUAGCGGCCAGAGCAGGCCAGACGACAUACAACGGAGUCAUUGACUGCUUCAGGAAGAUCCUCAUGGAGGAAGGUUUCAGGGCCUUUUGGAAGGGUGCAGGAGCUCGCGUCUUCAGAUCUUCACCGCAGUUUGGUGUAACGCUGGUGACAUAUGAACUGUUACAGAGAUGGUUCUACUUGGACUUCGGAGGACAUCGCCCUGCCGGCUCUGAGCCCACUCCGAAACCCCUGAUGGACCUUCCCUCUGUGACGGCAGACCACGUAGGCGGCUACCAUCUGGCUGCUGCAACCUUUGCUGGCGUGGAGAGAAAGUUUGGUCUGCACCUGCCCAAGUUCAAGCCUUCUGGAGAGGGGACAAUCAAACCAGCGGUGCCCAAAACGGAGCCACAGGCUUCAUAAAGCGUCACUCAUCGUGCCUGCGAGGGCUGCAUGCUC